AAUGCGAUGCCCUUAAAACACUUUACUUAAAUAUAGACUCAUUUAAUCAGUCUAAUCAGGAAAAAUAUCAACACCCGCCGUAUAUUGUCCUAGGGAGCUGCAGACUGAAAUCGUCAUGUAAACAUUCGCGGCGUAAGUUUGUGUUUUUAAUAGAUGAACAGCGCGAGCUCGGUGACUCCUUAUCUUGGUUGUUUGGGAUCCGGUUACUCUACCUUUUGGAUUCACAUGUCUUUGUAAGGAGUCCUCUGUUCGGUACAUUUGUGACUGGAGGCAGAAUGAUACAUUAUUAUCUCCCAUUUGCAGAUCUAAGCAAGGCACACCAAAAAGAUGGACAGCUAUGGGUUCUCCAGUGAUAUGUUCAGUGGGAGAGCAGUUUUGGGGGAGGACAGCUCGGUCAUGGCCCGAAUGCAGAAGAAGUUCUGGAAGACCAAGCAGGUUCUGAUCAAGGCCACUGGGAAAAAGGAAGAUGAGCAUGUGGUUGCAUCUGACGCAGACCUGGAUGCUAAACUAGAGUUUUUCCGUUCAGUCCAGAGCACUUGCACAGAACUUCUGAAAGUGAUUGAGAAAUACCAGCGAAGAAUCACACACCUCUCUCAGGAUGAGAAUGAGCUUGGGCUGUUUCUGCGCUUCCAAGCAGAACAUGAUAGAACAAAGGCAGGCAGUAUGAUGGAUGCCACUAGUAAGGCCCUCUGCUGCUCUGCCAAGCAAAGGCUGGCUCUGUGUCCCCCUCUCCAUCGAAUGGAACAGGAAGUGGAGACGUUCCGGAGGAGAGCCAUUGUUGACACUCUGCUGACAGUGAGCCGAAUGGAAAAGGCCCGGACCGAGUACCGCGGAGCUCUGCUCUGGAUGAAGGACGUCUCACAGGAACUGGACCCAGACACUUACAAACAGCUGGAAAAAUUUCGCAAGGUUCAGGCCCAGGUAAGAGGGACAAAAGUGCAGUUUGAUAAGCUGAAGAAUGACGUUUGUCAAAAAGUGGACAUGCUGAGAGCCAGCCGCUGCAACAUGCUGUCACAUUCCUUAUGCACAUACCAGACAACGCUCCUACAGUACUGGGAGAAGACCUCACACAUGAUGUCUGGCAUCCAUGAUGCCUUCAAAGGAUAUGUACCAUACCAGUUCACUACCCUUAAAGAACUGAGAGAUCCACUGGACCAGAUUGCUUCCGAACUGCCAGCAGAGGACAGCAAAGACAAGGACAAGAAGACACAUCCAGACAAAUCUGGUCUGUUCAUGCAGGAGGCCUCUCUAAAGGCUCUGGUUACUGAUCUUCUUGUGUCACUUGAAGAUGAACAGCUCUGUGAAUCAUCCAAAACUGUUCCUUCUCGUGCUGUAGAUGGACAGAGUAGAGGAUCUGACAGUUCUUUGUGUGCCAGCCUGGACUCUGCCUUGAAUGAACAAUUAGGCCCUUUUGGUGAAGCUAGCACAGAUGAUGACCUCCUAUUCAUGACCUGUGACCUUGCCCCGUUCAUGAUCCCUUCCCUCGCUCCAGCUUUGACCCCAACCCGAAACAUGGCCAUGCCUGCUGUGCAGCCCCACAUAUUGCAGGAUGCCUCGGCACAUGCAACGGUCCAGUGGGAUUUAGGUGCCUCACAUGAGGAAAAGCAGAAAGCUUUACUCAGCACUGUACAACCUGAAAUAGGCAGAGACCUGUUGUCUGAGGCUUUGCACUCCAGUGAGGUGAAAGAAGAGGAGGGAGAGAGAGGAGAUUGGUCAUUCCUGCAAGAUCUGCUAAGUCCUGGUGCCACAGGUGGCACUAGUGAGUUCAGUAAGGUGUGGCAGGAUGCUUUCGGCUGUUUUGAGGCCCCUCCUGCUCCAGUUGCUCCUGCCUCAUCACAAGCAGAAACAUCGAACACACCCACCGGCUUCCUGCCAUCUCAUCUACUGGACCACAGCCUCAGCGCAACAGGAUGGGCGACACCACCCAUAUUUCAAGCCCCACCUCUCCAACCACCUUGUGGAGGACAAACUCAGCCUGUCCAAAACAGCCCAAACUCUUCGGUUAAUGCUGCUAAAGGAAGUUCCAGGGACAUGUCUGCCUGGUUCAACCUCUUUGCAGAUCUGGACCCUCUGUCAAACCCAGAUGCUAUUGGAUGCAGUGAUCAGGAGCUCCUCAAUGCCUGAGGUGUGUUUUUAGAUGCUCAAGGCGGCGUCCUGCAGCUUUCAGAGUGCGAAGUUCAGGUGUAAACCAGGGAGACGAGUGAGUGGAGGGGACAAGUCUACUUUUAAGAGGGGCAUGUAAAUCAAGGGCAUUAUAAAUGGAUGUAUUGGAUCUACUGAGGAUGUCAAUGGGACAGGUAAGUUCUGUAAUAUCUGUAAGGUAUGAGGUUUGUACUGAUGCAGAAAAGGAUACAGGAUCAAUAGAUUUAAAGUUGCGGUAGUUUAUAAUGGAUUUCAGACAUGACCUGGGGAGAGGGGUUUCACAACUUAAGUUCAAUAAAUGAAUGAUCAGACAGUCCAGUCUAAGAGCCAAGCACAGAGACAUUACUUAAACCAGCAGUACAGACUAGCUCUAGAGUGUGGCCACGAGAGUGUGUAGGGAAGUCAACAUGUUGUACUAAAUUGAUACACUCAUACACAGACAUGAGCUCAUGGGCAGCAGCACAAUCAGCAUCUACAUGUAUGUUGAAAUCACCAAGUAACAAUACAGAUGAACACAUGACACAAGUUAGAGUUAACAGCUCAUUCAGAUCACUGAAGAAAUCAGACAAAGAUUUUGGUGGGCGAUACACAAGAAACACAAACAGUGGCGAUGGACCAAUAACUUUAAAAAACAGGUAUUCAGAGGUACUAAUCUCAUGGAAGUCAAUGGUUUUAGUAUGUAAGCUGCUGCGUUAGACAGAUAGAUUUAAAUGCAUUCUGUCUCCUAGAGAUGAACGUAGUUUGGUGCGAAAAGUGCAAAUCAAUCCCAGAACAACAGCAAAGGACCUUGUGAAGAUGCUGGAGGAAACAGGUAGACAAGUAUCUAUAUCCACAGUAAAACGAGUCCUAUAUCGACAUAACCUGAAAGGCUGCUAUGCAAGGAGGAAGCCACUGCUCCAAAACUGCCAGACUACAGUUUGCAAGUGCACAUGGAGACAAAGAUCUUACUUUUUGGAGAAAUGUCCUCUGGUCUGAUAAAACAAAAAUUGAACUGUUUGGCCAUAAUGACCAUCGUUAAGUUUGGAGGAAAAAGGGUGAGGCUUGCAAGCCGAAGAACACCAUCUGAACCGUGAAGCAUGGGGGAGGCAGCAUCAUGUUGUGGGGGUGCUUUGCUGCAGGAGGGACUGGUGCACUUCACAAAAUAGAUGGCAUCAUAACGAAGGAAAAUUAUGUGGAUAUACUGAAGCAACAUCUCAAGACAUCAGCCAGGAAGUUAAAGCUUGGUCGCAGAUGUCUAUUUAGAAAAAUAGAUUUAAGGUAUUAUUUAAAGUUUCACAACUUAGUCCCGCCGUCCAAAUAUGUAGAUACAAAAAAAAUUGUUUUUUUUUUGCUUGUUUAUUAGGUGCUACUAGUUACAAAUCAAAAAGGGAAAUGGAAAAUGCACACAGCAGUCAUGCUCGGGUCUCAGAAGGAUAAUGUAAUGUCUUUAAAUUAUCUGAAAUUGUAUUCUUAUUAUAAUAUUAUAAAUAAAUAUUGAAAUGUAUUAUAUAUUGAUGAUUAUAUAUUAAAAUAUCUUUAUUUCAGGACCUUUUUCAGCCAAUAUUGAUGUGAUUAAUUUGAUAAAUUUAUCUGCAUAUGUAAUUAAUGUAAUUUUAAAAUUUUAAUCAAUUGACAUCCCCCCCCCCCCACUAAAAACACAUACUUUUUUAUUUUCAUGAUAUCCGUGAUGCAUCUCAACUUCCACAAUCAGUCUCUCCUUGUCCAUGUUUAAUACACAUGAGGAACACUUCUUUGGUCCAAAUAAAUUUCAGUGUGGGUGGGGCUACCCAGCAAGAUGCAGCAAAAAUAGAAACCAAGUGACCAACAAUAUGUCCUGUUGCUUGUCACUUGUCCGUGUCACAGAUGGUUAGGACUGAAACUUUGAUUAGCAUGGAAGGAACUGCUUUGAUCACGUGUUGCUUUGCUAUAUCGCGCCUGGUAAGGACAGGCUUUAAGGCUUUACUUGAGUCAUUGUAUUGCAAGACUUGUAUUGUGCAUGAGUUAACCUUGUUCUCUACCUGCCAUGUCUUCCUUUAGUGAGUGAAGGUUUAAAGCUGGAUAACAUCCAAAUUAUUCUCUCUACCCAUGAGAGAUCCUUGAUUUGGAGCUUGAACAUUACCUUUUCCUUAAACGAUUCAACCUGAGCCAAGGAAGGAUAUACUGUAGAAAACUGUCCAUAUUAAUUAUGGGAAUAUGUCUCUUUCCAUCUUUCAAAGUGUGUGUGAAUGUGUGCGUCUACUGUAUGUUAAGACAAUGAAGGGUAAAAUGUUUAAGAAUUCUCUAUAUCACUAAAUCUGAGUGUUGUUACAUGGGAAAUAAGGGGUUGGGGGGAUAAACCUAUAUGAGUCUGUAAAUACUAAAUAUCUCAAGUGGGGGGUUUGCUAUAAGAGUUUUAAAUAUCCAGAAACAGGGUUACAGAUUUAUUACACCUAUUAUAGAUUACAGACUGUAUUUUACAGAUUAACUACAGACAAAGUUACGCAUGCAUCACAAAUAUUUAUUUUUGGAUUCACUUUCACUUGUUUAGUUUAACGGCGAACAAUAAAAACGAUAAAUUAAAUUAUUUAUUGAUACCAUAAUAGAGUGUUACUGUAAACUACAUAUGCAAGUCGUGUGCUGUGCCAUUAGUUGAAUGAAAAUGAGAUGGUAUAAUGGAGCUAAUAAUAGGUGAUGCUUUCACAGUGACAAUAAUGCUAUAAUACACUCAGAGAAUUAAGUUUUUCAGUUACACUGUGCUGCAAAACACUGGAAAGAAUUCUCUGUGUGUGUUUGUGAUCAUUUUUUUGUAUGUUAUUUUGAGCGCCAGAAAACCUGGCAACCCCUUCCCCUACUCUAAAGAAACAUGACACUUUUCAUAUUAUUCCAGAUUACCAUACUCUUGACUCAUAAAAAAAUCAAAUUAUUGCUUGCACUAAACUGUCUCCGAGGGCCAUCUCGGAUGGUUCCAGAAUGUAUCUUGUCUGUUUUGAUAACUUGUUUGUUUACACUCAAUAGCUUAUGUAGGUAUCUAACCAUGAAACAUUUCAAAUGGGAUAUCACUCCAUAUUUGACAAGCACAUAUUUCUCUGUUUUUGUGCAGUUUAAUGUUUUGAGGUGUCACUUUCUGUACUAGAAUAAUUUCCUUGUGUUUGGAGCUAUAUGUUGCAACAUUAUUGUAACACUUUGUUCUUUAUCUUUUUUUAAACUUUGUAUGAAAAGAAUGUACACUGCACCAUUCAUAGCUGCUUUCAUUGGUUUAUUUUAUGCAACUAUGCCUUUUGUUUCAGUUACAUAUACAAUGUACUUGUAGAAUUUCAUUGAAGGAAACUGGAAUGGAAGAGCUUUAAUAGUCCAUUUGAGAGUGAAUAAAUUUGAGUGAAAUUCUGUCA